GGAGGACUGCGCCGCGUGGAACGUCACGCCUACGCACGGAGGCCCCGCCCCCGGGUCGAGGGUGAGGCCCAAUGGCCGCCGCAGUGGCGGCGAGAGGCGUGCAGCCCACAGCGGGCAUUAGAACUGAUUAGGUUUCUGAUAUCCAGAUCUGUUUCUGUGCAAACAUUGAGGAGCCAGUUGGCACCAUGAAGGUCUUCUGUGGCCGUGCCAAUCCAACCACGGGAUCCCUGGAAUGGCUGGAGGAGGAUGAACACUAUGAUUACCACCAGGAAAUUGCCAGGUCAUCCUAUGCGGACAUGCUGCACGACAAAGACAGAAAUAUAAAGUAUUACCAGGGCAUCCGGGCAGCUGUGAGCAGGGUGAAAGACAGAGGACAGAAAGCCUUGGUUCUUGACAUUGGCACUGGCACAGGUCUCUUGUCCAUGAUGGCAGUUACUGCAGGUGCUGACUUCUGCUAUGCUAUUGAGGUCUUUAAACCUAUGGCUGAUGCUGCUGUGAAGAUUGUGGAGAAAAAUGGCUUCAGUGACAAGAUUAAGGUUAUUAACAAGCAUUCCACUGAGGUGACAGUUGGACCAGAUGGUGACUUGCCGUGUCGGGCUAACAUCCUGGUCACAGAGCUGUUUGACACGGAACUGAUUGGAGAGGGAGCACUGCCCUCUUAUGAGCAUGCUCAUAGGCAUCUUGUGCAGGAGCACUGUGAAGCCGUGCCUCACAAAGCAACUGUCUAUGCCCAGCUGGUGGAGUCCAGAAGGAUGUGGUCCUGGAACAAGCUGUUUCCUGUCCGUGUUCAGACUAGUCUCGGAGAGCAGGUCAUCGUCCCUCCCUCAGAAUUGGAGAGGUGUCCUGGUGCGCCUUCAGUCUAUGACAUUCAGCUGAACCAGGUGUCAACUGCUGACUUUACUGUCCUCAGUGAUGUGCUACCAAUGUUCAGCGUGGACUUCAGCAAGCAAGUCAGUAGCUCGGCAGCCUGCCAUAGCAGGCAGUUUGUACCUCUGGCAUCUGGCCAAGCGCAGGUGGUUCUGUCCUGGUGGGACAUUGAAAUGGACCCUGAGGGGAAGAUCAGAUGUACUAUGGCACCCUUUUGGGCACAGACAGACCCACAGGAGCUUCAGUGGCGGGACCACUGGAUGCAGUGUGUGUACUUCUUGCCGCAGGAGGAGCCCAUUGUUCAGGGCUCACCCCGAUGCCUGGUUGCCCACCAUGAUGACUACUGUGUGUGGUACAGCCUUCAGACAACCAGUGCUGAUGAGAAUGCGAAAGUCUACCAAGUGCGCCCUGUGUGUGAUUGUCAGGCUCACCUGCUCUGGAACCGGCCUCGGUUUGGAGAGAUCAAUGAUCAGGACAGAACUGACCAGUAUGCCCAAGCCCUGAGGACUGUGCUGAUGCCAGGUACCAUCUGUCUUUGUGUCAGUGAUGGCAGUCUGCUCUCUGUGCUGGCCCAUCACCUCGGGGCAGAGCAGGUGUUUACAGUUGAGAGUUCUGUAGCUUCCUACAGACUGAUGAAAAGGAUCUUCAAGGCUAACCACCUGGAAGACAAAAUUAGUAUCAUCAAGAAACGGCCUGAGUUGCUAACGUCUGCAGACCUGGAGGGUAAGAAGGUCUCUCUGCUCCUGGGUGAACCCUUCUUCACCACCAGCCUGCUGCCAUGGCACAACCUAUACUUCUGGUAUGUCCGUACCUCUGUGGAUCAGUACCUGGAGCCUGGAGCUGUGGUGAUGCCCCAGGCUGCCUCACUGCACGCCAUGGUCGUGGAGUUCAGGGACCUGUGGCGGAUCCGGAGCCCUUGUGGUGACUGUGAAGGCUUUGAUGUGCACAUCAUGGAUGAUAUGAUUAAGCACUCCCUGGAUUUUCGAGAGAGCAGGGAGGCAGAGCCCCAUCCAUUGUGGGAGUACCCAUGCCGCAGCCUCUCGGAGCCUCAGGAGAUUCUGACCUUUGAUUUCCAGCAGCCCGUCCCCCAGCAGCCUGUGCGUGCUGAGGGCUCCAUGGAACUGAGAAGACCCGGGAAGAGCCAUGGGGCUGUCCUGUGGAUGGAAUAUCAUCUGACGCCAGACAGCACAGUCAGCACCGGCCUCAUGAAUCCUUUGGAAGACAAGGGGUACUGCUCCUGGAACCCCCACUGCAAGCAAGCUGUGUACUUCUUCAGCACCACACUGGAUCCCAGAGUUCCUCUGGAUGGCCCUCAGUCAGUCAGCUAUGCUGUGGAGUUUCACCCCCUCACUGGAGACAUCACCAUGGAGUUUAGGCUUGCCGACACCUUGAACUAACCUUCCCUUGUUGAGAAAUUAAAUGGCCAAUAGGCUGCAGACUCUGAGUGGUGUGGGGCUCAAUGGGGAAGGAAGGCCAAAGAACUUAUUCACUUGCAUGCACCUACUUGGCGUCUGCACAGAGGAGACCUUUUUUAUUUUUGUAUCUUAGUGCUGCUGGCUCCCAGCAUCAGGUGUGGCAAGCAGAAUAGGCUGUUGACUGAUUUAAGAGUUCUGAAUCGACCAGGGAGAAUGUUCUGUGCUUCUGAGAGUUCAGAAAGCUCUGCUGUAGUAAUGCUUUCUGUCCUACCUCAAGGAGAACUAAGGAACAACCUUCACUGGGACUAAGGUAGGACUGUCCACUUAGCUGGAACCUACCUAGCCUGUUUUCUAGGAAUUUCCGGGUCUCUGCUAGAGAAUGGCCUUCUAGGGAGUUCCUUGGGGGCUUCCUGAUCCUGGUAAGACCUGUGUUGAGAGGACUAGGCUCCCCUGCUAAUAAGUAGCUUUACUAAGCGACAUUCAUACACAUUUGGGUAUCUGGCCUCAGUGCACAUGUGCAGGUGGCCUGAUAAGCCAUGAGACCACACAUCGGUUGCUGCUCACAGGGCUCAAGCAGUUUCCUGUGGAAAACCAGUAGGAAGAAAACUAGGAAAGUCGCCUUCUCCUCUAAUCUGAAGGCCUUGCUCCCCAGUUGGCCACAGCCCUGUCCCACCUCUGCCACUCCUCACUCUACUCUUGCCAAUGACCUCUCUGUAAAGGAUUUGAGAGGUACCC